AUGAUUGAUGAUGAUGAUGAUGAUGAUGAUGAUGAUGAUGAUGAUGAUGAUGAUGAUGAUGAUGAUGAUGAUGAUGAUGAUGAUGAUGAUGAUGAUGAUGAUGAUGAUGAUGAUGAUGAUGAUGAUGAUGAUGAUGAUGAUGAUGAUGAUGAUGAUGAUGAUGAUGAUGAUGAUGAUGAUGAUGAUGAUGAUGAUGAUGAUGAUGAUGAUGAUGAUGAUGAUGAUGAUGAUGAUGAUGAUGAUGAUGAUGAUGAUGAUGAUGAUGAUGAUGAUGAUGAUGAUGAUGAUGAUGAUGAUGAUGAUGAUGAUGAUGAUGAUGAUGAUGAUGAUGAUGAUGAUGAUGAUGAUGAUGAUGAUGAUGAUGAUGAUGAUGAUGAUGAUGAUGAUGAUGAUGAUGAUGAUGAUGAUGAUGAUGAUGAUGAUGAUGAUGAUGAUGAUGAUGAUGAUGAUGAUGAUGAUGAUGAUGAUGAUGAUGAUGAUGAUGAUGAUGAUGAUGAUGAUGAUGAUGAUGAUGAUGAUGAUGAUGAUGAUGAUGAUGAUGAUGAUGAUGAUGAUGAUGAUGAUGAUGAUGAUGAUGAUGAUGAUGAUGAUGAUGAUGAUGAUGAUGAUGAUGAUGAUGAUGAUGAUGAUGAUGAUGAUGAUGAUGAUGAUGAUGAUGAUGAUGAUGAUGAUGAUGAUGAUGAUGAUGAUGAUGAUGAUGAUGAUGAUGAUGAUGAUGAUGAUGAUGAUGAUGAUGAUGAUGAUGAUGAUGAUGAUGAUGAUGAUGAUGAUGAUGAUGAUGAUGAUGAUGAUGAUGAUGAUGAUGAUGAUGAUGAUGAUGAUGAUGAUGAUGAUGAUGAUGAUGAUGAUGAUGAUGAUGAUGAUGAUGAUGAUGAUGAUGAUGAUGAUGAUGAUGAUGAUGAUGAUGAUGAUGCUGAUGAUGAUGAUGAUGAUGAUGAUGAUGAUGAUGAUGAUGAUGAUGAUGAUGAUGAUGAUGAUGAUGAUGAUGAUGAUGAUGAUGAUGAUGAUGAUGAUGAUGAUGAUGAUGAUGAUGAUGAUGAUGAUGAUGAUGAUGAUGAUGAUGAUGAUGAUGAUGAUGAUGAUGAUGAUGAUGAUGAUGAUGAUGAUGAUGAUGAUGAUGAUGAUGAUGAUGAUGAUGAUGAUGAUGAUGAUGAUGAUGAUGAUGAUGAUGAUGAUGAUGAUGAUGAUGAUGAUGAUGAUGAUGAUGAUGAUGAUGAUGAUGAUGAUGAUGAUGAUGAUGAUGAUGAUGAUGAUGAUGAUGAUGAUGAUGAUGAUGAUGAUGAUGAUGAUGAUGAUGAUGAUGAUGAUGAUGAUGAUGAUGAUGAUGAUGAUGAUGAUGAUGAUGAUGAUGAUGAUGAUGAUGAUGAUGAUGAUGAUGAUGAUGAUGAUGAUGAUGAUGAUGAUGAUGAUGAUGAUGAUGAUGAUGAUGAUGAUGAUGAUGAUGAUGAUGAUGAUGAUGAUGAUGAUGAUGAUGAUGAUGAUGAUGAUGAUGAUGAUGAUGAUGAUGAUGAUGAUGAUGAUGAUGAUGAUGAUGAUGAUGAUGAUGAUGAUGAUGAUGAUGAUGAUGAUGAUGAUGAUGAUGAUGAUGAUGAUGAUGAUGAUGAUGAUGAUGAUGAUGAUGAUGAUGAUGAUGAUGAUGAUUCUCAUUACAAUAUGUCAACAAAUGAAGUAUUAGGACGAAACAGCCGUCCAAUGCUUCCAGGUUUUCCAUGGUGGUCUAGCUUCAAUUGA